AUGGCGAGAAAAGAAACAAAUUAUAUUUUUGCGCUCGCUUCUGUUACUUUACUUUUGUGUUGUAUCGAGGCCCUCGGAAAGCCAGCUCUAAACGGUAAGUUAGACGUUAAAGAACCAGCACAUUCGGUACGAUUUUUGGUAACAUUUACACGGCCAUGAAGUACGAAUUUGAAUUUGUACAUCAAGUGCAUAAUUCCUCUCGCAUCAUUCGUAUAUCAAAUCGCUGGUGACUGCAGUGAGCGACACUGAGCAAAACGCUUAAAUUGUGACAUUCAUCUUCUGUUUGAAAACGCUAGAAAUACGGAUCUAUCACAUUUACCGUAACAGACAGUAUAUGAAUCUUUCUACAGUAAUUGUAAGCUCAUGAAUUGGUCUAUUUUUUGUGUCUGUUGCUCUUUUAUCGACUGUUGCUUGUAGACUCAGUAACCUGUUUUGUCUUCUCUGUGAAACUAUAUUUAGUAGAUUUUGCAAUUUGGCGUUGAAUUGUCAUUGUGAUCGGAGCGAUCACCAUUUUCAGUAGGUAAGAUUGUAAGAGGGUCACCUAGCAACCAUAAGCUUAGUUUUUACAUUAAAAUGCUUUUAGAUUAGCCUCCUUCGCAAGCAUCACUGUCCGUCCUGUUUAAGAGAACGGAGGGGAAAAUGGGGAGAGAACCGAGUGGUCCGAGUGACUCCUCCGACAAUCAAAGCUUGGUAGGUACUUCAGAUAUGAUUCCUAUAGUGUACCGAGAUAUAGAUUCUAUGGGAAUCAUGUAUGAAAUACCUACCCAAAGCUGGCGUUGCCCGGCUGACCGAAAAGCCCGACGACUCUGGGUAUGAGAUUGCUCCUCCUCCAACUCCUCCUCUUUCCUCUCGUUUCUUGUUCUCAGACUCCAUACGGUCAUAACUGUUACAAAAGGAAUUGUCUGCGGAGGAGGCAACUGUUAGCCAGUCAUUUCUUGCUAUCUUUCUCUUAGUUCUGUAAACAUGAGGAGUAAUUCUACUUAACUUAACUUUUUAUUUCUCAAAGAGGAAAACAGAAACUUGUGCGAGUCGGAACCAGAUAAAGCUGAAUGCAUCCGGGAAGUAGAAGAAGCAAAGGGGACAGAACAAGUUGACGGCGACCAUCAGCAAGGUAUGAACUGACUAUUAACGUCUCUGAUAAUGCGUUGUUAGCCUGCGUUGGGGGCGAUUUCAGUGGCGGAUCAAGACCUUCAGGUAAGGGGGGUGGUCAUCCAGAUCCUGAGAUAAGGGGGGGGGGGGCAGUCUCCCAAAAAAAAAUUUUUUCGGCCCUCCGGGCCUCAGUUUAGUCUAGAAAUAACGGGGGUUCUCCCGGGCCCCUCCCCUGGAUUCGCCACUAGAUUUUGUUAGGGAGGGGAAGGAGAGGGACAAAUUCUUGCAAGGAUCACUUGGACAAACAGUAGCGAGGCAAAGCCGGAUCUUGGCGUAGGUGAUCAGGAUUAGCCGAAUAUAGAAUAUUACCUAAAAUUGAAGGCAAGGCUGAUCGAACAGCUAUGGAUGGCUAAUUUACCGGCCCAUUAUUUCGACCAGACAAAACUAGCCUUUGUCAGGGACUAGAAAAGUAGCCUAGGUUUAGCCGCACCCUCCGUCUCUCCGUUUUUCCUUUGUCGAGGGGAGGGUGCGGCUACACGUAGGCUACUAGAAAAGCUAAGGAGAGGGAGCCUGGAAACGAAAGUGGGAACAAUAGGGAGCUUAUACAACGACGAUAACGACGACGGUGGCGAAAACUUCUGUGAGUCAUUCACACUGUUUCAAAAUUCAUCGCUUUCGAUCCAUGUCGUUCAAUUUGCCAGAUAUAUGGGUGAAUUUUUCUGGAGUUGAAUUCCUGAAGAACUGUAUCCAAGGUUUUAAAAAGAAAGUAAGAAAAUCCUCGACUUGAGUUCACGUCGUUAACAAAACGUGAAAUAGAACAGUUUCACGUCGUGGUAGUGAAAUGCAAAGUUUUCUUUUUUCUUAUUAAACCUAUUGCUUUCUUUGUCGAUCUCGUUGCCGUCGUCGUUUCUUUAGCUCCCUGCUAUCAGUCUGGGCCAUUAGCUGAGCGUGCACAGGACCAUGGGAAGAGGUAAAAGGCAGGAGCUUCCUCAAGCUUCUCUCUUUAACUAGUAUCCAGUUCGCCGCGGAUCUUAGAUAAUGGUUACUCGGAAGACGUCUCUGCGAAAAGGCGGAGCCUUACACAAUACUACUACACUUAGAAAAUCUUUACAAAGACCAUUGAAAAGCACUUCAAAGCCACACAAAGUGGAAAAUAAGCUCAACUAGUACUUGUAGUUUUCUGAGUUAUUUUCGUCUUUUUUAUUGAGUACUGAGCCCGGCGAUCAGCGCCUUGCUGAGUGGCCUGCGAGCAAGCUCUUCCGUUUUGGGGGGAGUCGCGCCUGAGAGCAGCACGCGCUACCGACGGAGUGAAUCAAACUUAAAUUUUGUAAAAGCGCUAUUCGACAAAACAAUCACAUGAUCAAAUAAAGUCAGUAACGACAAAAUUCACUGAUAUAGUUUAUGUCUCGAAACGUUUUAAUUUUAUUUUCAACUGUUUGAAAAACCCUUUAUAUCACGUUUAGAGGAGGUAGGUUUAGUCCAGAUAAACACAGUCCGCAACACAAAUAACAAAUCUUAAGCUUCUGGUGUCAAGCGCUUUAAGCUCAAAAGGCCUGCUGACCAAUCUCUGUAAGGGAUUCUGAUAAAACACAGUCCGGAACAGAAAUAAAGAAUCGUAAGCGUUUUAAGCUCUCUUCAGGGGAUUCUGACACCAAGCAGAUAAUGCAAAAACUUGUCAGUUGUACAGAGACAAAUUGUAAUGAAUGAUGAACUGCUUAGAUACACGCGCACGUCACGUGAUAUAAGGGUCCUUUGUCACUUUUACUUGUCAAAUAAAUUAGAAAUAGUUCAGUUUUGAAAAAUAAAUUACAAUUAUUUCCGAAUUAUUAGGUUUCCUUUAGGCUCAACCUCCAAUCAUCCGCUUAUUAUGGCAAAGACCUUUUAUGAAAUCAGACUCUUCCCUUAUGCAAUUGCACAGAGAACAUUUUGAAACCUCUAGUAACGUGAAGUAGUUGCUAAGAACAUUUGUCGUAAACCAACAUCGCCUUCAGUAACAAAGAGACAACCUGCAUUUCAUAAGAAUUAAGUUUCCUAGACUAAUAUUUUGUUUAUUGCGUCCAUCGCAUUUUUGUCGGUUUUAGUCAUGUUUUAUUUCAGUCUUAGGUAGUGUCAACUUCGGUUUUUAUUCUUUACGACGAUCGUUGUAAAAGAUCAUAUUUAUCAGUGGUUAUGUUUGAUCCUCUUAGAGGUUUCUUCAGUCACGCUGAAUAUUGGAGAUUAUUAUCUAUAACACACUUGAAUGACGACUUUUAUUAUGCUAUUUUGGAAUAUAUAUUGGAGUUUUAAUUGGAUAUUGAAAGUACUUGCCCAAAAAAAUCUCCAAUUUGAGCAGGGCAACGGGAAUCAGUGAAACGUCAUUGCUUUGGGCCAGUUGGCAAGCAUGAGUUUAUGAUUAAGAACUUGCGCUUUGUUUAUUUUUCUUUCCAUUAACUUAUUCCUAUUCCCAGAGAAGCGCCUUUUUCUUCCAUUUUUUCUUUAUCACUGACUGAAAUCGGUCAGUCAACUUAGGAGCAAGUGGCUUAUCCAUUUCCCAUGGAUCGAAGCUUUGAUUAAUCGAACAACUGAUCUGUAUAGUCUUGUCCAGAUCGCAAUCAUUUAAAUUUGAUUUGUUGUUCUCGAAUCUGUUGCGAAAGCCACUCCAAUCCCUCGUAAAGCCCCUUCCCUUUCAGCGCGCACGUGGCCUGUAUAUACCAUCUUCUCCCUUUCAGGGUAUGCAGCCCUAACUUCUCGCUCAGUUCCGCGGUAGACAUUGCAUUGGGUAGAUCCUGUUUAUUUGCAAAGAUCAAAAGGACAGCUUCUUGUAAUUCGUCUUCGGCCAGCAGUUUAAACAGUUCAUUUUUCGCCUCAUCCACGCGAUUCCUAUCGCUGCUAUCCACAACGAAAAUAAGUCCCUGAGUUUCUUGAUAGUAAAGACGCCACAAAACGCGGAUCUUAUCCUGUCCGCCGAUAUCCCAGACCGUAAAACUGAUGUUUUUGUAUUCCACAGUCUCCACAUUAAACCCUAUUGUCGGGAUCGUUGUAAUUGGCUCAUCUAGUUUCAGCUGAUACAAGAUGGUUGUUUUUCCUGCUGCAUCUAAACCUACCAUCAAUAUACGCACUUCUUCCUUGCCAAACAAGCGUUUAAACAGCCUGAUGAGGGUAUUACCCAUGAUUGUUGAAUUUUUCCUCCUGAACGGUCCGAUCAGACUUCCCUAUUUCACGCAUCAGUUAAAAAUGUGUGAUGAUCAAUAUUUCAUAAGUGACCUGCAAUGGUGCGAUUUUCUUCUCCUUAAUGCGCAUGCACCAAAUGGCAUACCUGUAAGAGGGCUUGAUUUCCUCAGCGACCCUUUUAAAACCGAUACUCACGCUGACGACACUUAUUGAUAUUAGAGAUGAUAAGCAUCACGUUUACGCCAAACGGCAAACAUAAAUUUGCAGCACGUGACCAAGUUCCUCCUUUACAUGUCGUUUACUCUUCAUUAUUUCUUCACAUAAAUAAUUGGUUUCACGCAAUUUCUUAUCCACAACAAUUUUUUGAGCUGUUUUUAUCUGCCCUUUUUCUUGAGAAUUUCUCAACUUGAAUUGAAUCUGACCUCUGUUGUUUGCCGAAUACGUGAAGCAUCCCUUAAUUAAUUUUCCAACCAGAAGCGCAUUGGUUCUUGUGUCCAGGGAAAACUUACUCGCAGGCUACGUAGUAAUUUAAUAGUAAAUCCUCGUUUUUAAGGAAUCUUUUGUCCACGGCGUGUUUUCCUUCAGCUUAGCUGGCAGGAACUCGGCGCGAAGAUUAAACACGGACGCGUUGCAGCUGAUUUAAAACUGACAGCUUACAUGUAGGAUAGAUAGAUCUCCUUGACUGUUUGAAACCUUGAUUGCUAAACAAAGCCGAAUACAAAUUUAUCAUUCAAUUCAAACAAGAAAGGAUAUCCUCUUUUGUUUCAAACUGUUGACUAGUUUCCUCGGAAACUUAAUUAACCAAACGUGUUUAACAAAGCAGUUAUUAAUACUAAUCUUUUGAUCGACAGGUGAUUCGCUAGUGAAUUGUGACAUCGUAAGUGUCAAAUUUACGACAUUUAUUUUAGUUUAGCCUUCGUUACUUAGUAGUCAGCUAGCCAUUAAAUGCCAUAAAAGUGUGAAAACGUGCACCGUUGAACUCGAAGAAACGUUUUUUAAUAUCCUUUUCUCCCGCCAAGUUGCUUGAGGUCAUUGAAGGACAACCAAAAUCAAACACAGGCUUAAAAGUAGUUACCGCGCUUGGAAACAUUAACUCCUGUCGCUGGACUAUCGCUUGUGCGAAACUCGAACUUGGUAACUUCUCUCAGAGGGUAUCUGCUUUUUUAGCUUACUUUGUCAUAACUUAGUAUUUGUCACUAAAAACAAUAUUAAACGUCAGAAUUAGUCAGAAAUCUAGUUAUGUCUUGGUUCUUGUAAAGAUUCCCCUUGAAAUAGAGCUAAAUAGAUUUGGGGUUCAUAAAUUCAACUUCAUGAUCAAAUCUGUCCAGAUUCGUUAUUCUUGUAAUUGGAGGACUAGCAGCUUUCCUCGAUAGGUUUUCCUUGGUUGUUUUAAUUGGGAGAAAAUGUGAUAAUUUUUUGUUUUGCUUGUAAAAUACUGCGUUUAAAUGUCUCUUAAAAUACCGUAAAACAAUAAACAAGAAGACGACGAUUCGUCGACGUUGACUCAACAGACCUGAGUAUCGAGUCAAAACAUAACGGCUGGUAACAAAUAAGUACCAAAUUUAAGAAAUAAAUAAAUAAAUAAAUAACACUUAAUUAAAACCAUUAAAGUGUCAAAAAUCUUUUUUUCAAAGAAAGAGCUUAGCACCGAUGAUAUUGGCCUGGAUGUUUUUGUGUUCUUUUAUGGAGAGCAUCUCGUAGCUAGAUGAGGCAUUCAAAAUUUCUUGAUCCUGGGCACUUUCGAAGAAUUCGAACUUGGCUUUUAUUUUUCUUCGAGGAGAAAGAAUUGCCUUAUUUUCCAUUGACACUACCAAGGAAAAACUUUUAAGGAUAAUUUAGAAUUUUGUUUGUUUUACAGGUGAAGAAUCCAAUGGAGGAGAUGACGGAUACACUAUGGAGGAAUACUUAGCAAAGAUGGAUAAAGUUCGAAGAGAAUCGGAAGAAAACAGAAAAUUUUGGAAAGAAGAAUUACGCUCAAUGAACAAAUGGGAAAAAUACGGUCUUGGUUAA